AAACGCUACAUCAAGGUCUAUCUGCAAAUCCCAUAUUUGUUUCUUUCCCUCUUUGAUUUUCAGUCCAUCAAUUCCGUGUUUCUUUUUGUCAAUGGUAAAGAGAUUGGCUUUCGUUGACUCCAACCACUCAUACUGACGCCGUUGAAUCCCACGGCUAAAGACUGUAAUCUGAGCAGGAAUCUUUACUGACACCAAUUCCUCAUCAUGUCUCAGCCCGCGCCUGCUCGCAAUGGCAUGCUUUCGUUCUGGCGGACGCAAUUGGAUGAACUUGAUAGUCAUCGUUCCACCCCAGAGCUCCCCAAAGAAUGUGAUGUCUUGAUUAUCGGUGCCGGCUAUUCAGGCGCUGCCACAGCAUACCAUUUGCUCGAGGGCAAUCCUUUUCCGCCCUCAAUGGUGAUGUUGGAAGCAAGGCAAGCCUGUUCGGGAGCGACUGGUCGAAAUGGUGGCCACAUUAAACCCGACCUGUACAACACCUGCAGCAGUCUCGCUCCUGUCUACGGGCUCGAGGCAGCCGUAGAGAUGGCCAAGUUCGAAAUGGAUCAGGUCAAGGCAGUGAAGGCGGUCAUCGAAAAGGAGAACAUUGACUGCGACUUUAGCCUCACAAGAUCUGUAGAUCCCCUAUUGAAUGAAGAACAUUGCAAAAAGGUCAAGGCCGCAUAUGACAAGCUCAGAGAGGCGGGCGCAAUCAACGUUCAAGAUGUGCAUUUUACCCCCAAAGAGAAUGCAGAAAGAGUUUCCGGUGUCAAAGGUGCCAAGGGUUGCUUUAGCUUCACCGCAGGCCAUCUAUGGCCGUAUAAGCUGGUGAUGCAUCUCCUCAGACUUGUCGUCUCCCGUGGCGUCAACCUGCAAACAUACACCCCCGUAGUCAGCGUUUCCGAUGAACCAGACCCUGUUACCGGAGCUUGGACAGUCACGACCGAGUCAAGGGGUUCCAUUAAAGCAAAGAAAGUUAUCUUUGCGACCAAUGCCUACACUGCGGGCCUCGCGCCAGCUUACGCCCAAAAGAUUAUUCCAGUUCGUGGUAUUUGCAGCCGCAUUGUGACACCAAAGGGAAAGAACUCUCCUCAUCUACCGAACACAUAUGGUCUGCGCUGGAGCGGCUGGGAGUACGAUUACUUGAUUCCACGAAUGGAUGGGAGCAUUGUAGUCGGUGGUGCUAGAAGGAGAUUUUAUUCUGAUCCUAAAAAAUGGUAUAACACGACGGAUGACUCGCAAUUGAUGGAGUCAGCGAAGAGUUAUUUCGACGGAUACAUGCAGCGACAUUUUCGCGGAUGGGAGGAUAGUGGAGCAUAUACCGAUCAAGUUUGGACAGGAAUCCUUGGAUACACGACGGACUCGUUGCCCCAUGUCGGCGCGGUGCCGUCGAAACCUGGCCAGUUCAUCAUGGCUGGGUUCAAUGGCCACGGCAUGUGCCACAUCUUCCUUACAGCCAAGGGAAUAGCAUCCAUGAUCCUUGACGGCAAGCCUUUCGAGACGACUGGCAUCCCGCGGCUAUUUAAGACGACACCGGAGAGACUGAAUAGUCGGAGAAAUAAGAUUCUCGAGUCGGUUCCUACAAGGGAAGAAUUGAUGGCUAAAUUAUAAUAGGACAGGACGGACAGAUAAAGAUUUAUUGUUCUAAGAAUCAGCGCUUGCAUACAAAUUUCCGCCCCCAGGUGGGCAGUUCCAACAAUAAUCAUUAAGAGAG